UGGUUCAGGACGCAAACAUCCUGGCGGUGUGUGUUCGCCACUUCAGGUCUGUGGUGUUUACCAUUGAUUUGCACACCUUUCUUGGGUUUAGGUACCACGAUGGCAUUCCCUGCGUCUGACGGUGGCCUGAAACCGCUUCAAAAUGCCAUGAAACUGGCGAACAUCGCUAUCCAGCUGGAGGCGGGGAACAGACACAAGGAGGCUUACUGCGAAUAUUUGAGGAGCAUUAAUUUUAUCGCGCACACAUUGCUGGAGGAUGCCGUGUCCAAACCGGAAGGAGAAAUGAUGAACGUGGAAGUGCAGAGGAUGCUGAGACUGGCUGAGCAGUGUCUGGAGAGAGUCAAGUCUUUUAUAGCAAAGAGGGGCGAAGUCCCCGCCCCUGCUCUGACCCCGCCCCCCGCUGCUCCGCCCAUCCCCGAUGCCCCGCCCACACCCGCUGCCCCGCCCAUGGCCGCUGCCCCGCCCUCCUCAGGCACAGUGCAAAAUGAGGUGGUUCCCGUGGACUCUGAACUGACCCCCAGACAGCCCCCCCGGCCAACCCACCGGAGGGUUCUCUCUGAGGGCGGAGGGGAGCCCUCCCCCUUUCUGCCCCCAGAGAUCUUCCAGAAACUGCAGGAAGUGGAGUCACGGGACACCAAGAAAGAGCUGACUCCCAUUGAAGAAGCCUCUCGCCUGAAUCAGAAAUUGAAGGCAAAUUAUGAAGCUCGUCUGGCUCGGCUGCAUCCAGGCCAGGCCACACAGAAGACCUCACUGACUCUCUCCCUGCAGAGGCAGAUGAUGGAGAAUCUUAUAAUUGCCAAAGCCAGGCAGGAUGCCCUCCAUAGGAAGAUGGAGGAGAGGAGGCUACGGCUGCAGGAGGAGGCCAACAGGAGGUUUGCUGGCUCAGGUAUGCUCUCGCCAGAGGAGCAGGAACAGAAGCUUCUGUACGCCAACGUCCUCGAGUAUGAACAGGACCAUGACUGGCCCAAACUCUGGAAAGCAAAUCUGAAGAAGAGCCCCAAUGACAGUGCAUUGAUCUCAGGCCUAAUCUCCUAUCUACUGAGCUGCUCGGAGCACCCGGUGAUGAAGCUGCUGAAGAGGCUGCAGUACAGGGUGUAUAACCGGCUCUACCCCAUCGUGAGCGAGGGCUCGGCGCCCAGCCCGCCCCUGCCCAUGAAGGGCUCCCGCAGCGUGCAGAACCUGCGCUCCGACCAGCUCCCGGCCCGGCCCAGCCUGGCCCACAGCGUCUCCGACCUCUCCCUCCCCGCCUCCCCUCCCCGAGACCUCAACGCCAACGAGGAGGAGUCGGCCCGCGUGGAGGCGCCGCCCCCCGUCCCCGACCGGGAGAACUCCUUCGAGGACCUGGAGCAGUACCUGACCCAGCUGGACUGGAGCUCCGCCCCGGACUCGGCCCCCGACCUGCCGGGCCCGCCGGUGGAGACGUACAUCGGCCAUCUGGAGGAGUGCGCUCUGAAGGACCACCUGAGGGCCGUCAUCAAAGACAUCCACAACGCCAUCGAUCGACUGUUGUCUCUGUGUUUGCUGUCCUUUGAGUGUUUGAACACGGCGGCUAGUAAGGACCAGUGUGUGGCCUGCUUGGAGGAAGCCUUCUUCUGCCCUAUUUGGCGCCCCCUGCUGGCACUGUUUAGAAAGGUGUAUAGAGAGAGGGAGCUGUCCUUUCGGGCCAGCAUGAGGCUGUGCAGGAACGCCACUCCUGGCGACAUCGGUGUCGCGUCCAAACUGUUCCCCGAGGACCUGGCCCUGCUACACGGUUCCUACCCCUAUGAGUCGGCAGUGCAGGAACUGCGGCACCUGUGCCAGGAGUCAUGUCCCCAGCGCAAACUGGAAUGCAUCGUGCGGACGUUGAGGCUCAUCUGUGUGUGUGCAGAAGAUUACCGGAGUCUGCAGGAGCCAGAUGCCCCGGCCAGCACAGCAGCAAUAGGGGCUGAUGACCUGCUGCCCAUCCUGUCCUUUGUGGCUCUGCGUACAGAGCUUCCUCAGCUGGUGUCUGAAUGCGCUGCCCUGGAGGAGUUCAUACAUGAGGGGUAUCUCAUAGGAGAGGAGGGAUACUGUCUCACCUCCAUGCAGAGUGCUUUGUCCUACGUGGAGUCUCUACACACAGGGGGGGCACCACUGUACAACCCGAGAUUCACCUGAGCCCAGGUGAGCUCGUUGCCUCAGGUGCCGGCUCCAGGUGCAGCGUAGUGCGGGAAGGGAAGGUUCCAGGUGGGAGGGGUCAGUUCCAGUCAGCUGACCUGCGCUGCUUCUCCCUCACACUAAAACCCACAGGCUCAGAACUUCGGCCCCGCCCUUUGUCUCGCAGCCAAUCCCUGUGGUGCUGGCUGAACCGACAGCUGUCCGUCACACUGGACCGGCCCCCUGCUCUCUGUGGCAGGACCCUUACAGCUGGUGUUGCCACGGGAGACAAUGGGGAGGGGAUUACAGUCUGCUUAAUGAACAGUAAUGAACUUUUGUCUCCGACAUUAUGAACUUAGUUUACGUCUCCAAUAUAAUUCAGUUAUUAUGAAAGUCUUAUGGGAGGAACUAAUAUCCUUUCGGCUAUAAGGAGGGUACACGGCCAGUUUAUAGACCCAUACUACAGCACUCAACACUCAUUUUUCCAAUUUAUUGCAACUACAUAUCCACGGAGUUAUUUUCCCCCUCAUUUUAAGUGCCUUUGCAUCUGUACAAUUUUUUUUGGUCUUAAUAUACGGAACGGGGGCCUGAAUAUUAUAUAGUGAUAUUUGUAUUGAUUUUAAAAAUCCUACAUUUGUCUUAUAUUUUAGCAUUCCGUUUGAAUUGUGUGACUACAUAUGUCGGUGGAUUGUAUUAACAUGCAUAUGCAUUAGAAUUUUGCCUGACUGUACUGUAAAGAACAAAUGUGAAUUGAAUAUUUAUAUAUUACCACUGGAAUGUGUAUAGAGCUGUGUGUGUGUGCACGUGUGUUUGUGAAGUUUUCAUUAACACCAAUUCAACUGCCCGAUUGAUUCAAUUGCAUUCAUGUCAUUGAUGGACAAGAAGUGUCUUUCCAAACACCUGCACUAAAAUUGACCGAUUUAAUCUUUCACGAAAGUAUUCUCGAUAUGCAAAGAUGGAUGCGCACAAUGGUUUUGUUUCCAUUGCAUGCCUUUUGAUGCCCUCAAUUCUAUAGGGUGUCACAGAAGCAUUCUGCAAAUUGAGUUGUUCCACAUAGAAUGGGGGAAAUUCCCCCUCUAAAACAAAUGGGAAGACACUCUGAGUGAGUCUUGUUGAGGCUUGCUAGUGAAUUAGGUGAUCUGCUACACAGCUGUCAGUCUGUUAGUUUAGGAGUAGCACCAAAUGCGCUUAGCAAAGUUAGUAGAGAUCGACGAAUGUGCUGCUUUUGACAUUUUGGUGAUGGGAAUUGUGUGUGUGUGUGCGUGUGCGUGCGUGUGCGUGCGCACAUGCAAGCUGUGUACGUUGCUGUGAACAAUGUUAAACCUGGCAGAUGUGAUUUUUUAAAAAUGGGUUUCUUUUACUGAUGGUUAGCUGAGAGGGUUCAACUGCUGUGCUCCUGUAGUGUUUUAUUCCUCAUUUUAAAUGCGUUUGCCAUUUAAACUCUUUUUAACUGGUCUCAAAAAAACAGGAGUCCAGGAGGAAAUGUUGAGAGGGAAAAAAAAAAAAGAAAAAAAGAAAGUGUUUAGGGAAGUGUGAUCGAGCUGUUUUCCUUGAACUUUCAUUCCGCUGGUGUGGGGAGGAGAUGAGGGCUCUUACUUUAAACUGCAGUUAAGCUGCAGGGGACAAUCUGCUGGGUCACUCGGAGAAGCUUGUGCGUGCAUGCGUGCGAGAGAUGUGUAGAAUGCUCCUCUGUACUGUGGAAAGCAGUGUGUGUGACCUGUCCCUCCCCCUCUGUGGUGACGGGUGUUCAGUAUGGGAGUUUUAUAAUAAUAAAGUAAUUGGAAACAUGUCUACCAA